AUGGAUGACAUCAUAAAAGAGUUACUUAUUAGAAGCAAAUAUGUAGAUGAAAUCGCUGAUACACAAAGAAACACAGAAACGAAAACCAAAAAAAGUAUCAUAUUUGCAUUAGGUGAUAAGUCUAGGAAAUAUUUUGAAGAUGAAUUGUCUCAAGGUGGUGGUGAUCAAGGUAUUGCAUCAUCCAUACAAGUCAUUUGGAAUAGUGAAAAUAAUAUAGAUAUACUAUUUCUGGAUAAAUUACAAUAUCUGUUUAUGUAUCUAACAAAAUUUGAAGUAACAUCGGUAAAAAGUUUUGAAUACCAAAAUGUAAUAAUAUUUGGGUUGGAUGACAUGAUAAUAAACUACGAUAAUGCUGGUUUAACUACUAGUAAAUUAAAGAACAGUCAGAGUGAAGAUGCCAACGUUAAUGUCGGGGAAAUUAAAGUUGCUACACUGAACGUUGAACAGCUCAGGCUGCUUAAUCUAAUUUAUAACAUUGCAUACAAAACAAAGUAUACGCAAAAUAUUAAUUUAGUAUUUGUUCCGGUUUGUGCAGAUAAUCUUGAUCAUAAUCAUGAAAAUCUUUUAAUGCAGCUUCAAAAAAUCCAAAAAUAUUGGGAAUCUUUGUUUGAUUAA